GCGCUCACCGGCACUUCCGGCGCGGGCGGUCUCGAACUGUACCCCGCCGGGCCUACUGAGCGCGGCCGCCGAGUCCAGCCCGUCGCCGAUCGCCUGCUGCCGGCCCGGCGACGCCAUGGAACGCCUAGAUAAAGCGGCGUUGAACGCGCUGCAGCCGCCCGAGUUCAGAAAUGAAAGUUCAUUGGCAUCUACCCUGAAGACGCUCCUGUUCUUCACAGCUUUGAUGAUCACUGUUCCUAUUGGGUUAUAUUUCACAACUAAAUCUUAUAUAUUUGAAGGCGCCCUUGGGAUGUCCAAUAGGGACAGCUAUUUUUAUGCUGCUAUUGUUGCAGUGGUUGCAGUCCAUGUGGUGCUAGCCCUCUUUGUGUACGUGGCUUGGAAUGAAGGCUCACGACAGUGGCGUGAAGGCAAACAGGAUUAAAGUGAACAUCGCCUUUUGAUAGCAUUAAAUUGAUCUUUUUAAAAUGGUAAAUGCUGAGGGUGGGGGACACUGAUGAUUUGAAUAAAGUUGAAAGAACAUGUUAAAAUC